AUGACUACGGUGCCGACCGUAGUGACGCCUGCGCAUGACGAGGCAGAUACCAGUGCUGAUUUCAGCACAAACUCGAUCAACUCGACUACGCGCUCCGACCUGGGCCGCCGUGACAGCAAGCGGGGCCACCACCGGCGCCGCAGCAGCAGUUUUGUGAUGGUGCAGCAGGUGCAAGAGACGCCCGACCAGGUCGUUGACCAGGAGGUCUCGCCGAAUGCGAACGCCGAGUGGGUGAACAUGAAGGGUGCCUGGGUCAUUCACGUCGUGCUGAUUGUCCUGGCCAAAAUGGUGAUUAACGAGAUUCCCGGUAUCUCGGACUCGAUCCGGUGGACGAUGAUCAACCUGGGCUACAUGGCCGUCUCAUUUGUCAUGUUCCAUUUAAUCAAGGGCACACCGUUUGACCAAAACAGCGGCGCGUACGACCACCUGACGCUCUGGGAGCAAAUUGACCAGGGCUAUCAGUACACGCCUGCGAAAAAGUACCUGACGAGCCUGCCGAUUGGGUUGUUCCUGCUCUCCACGCACUAUUCCCACUAUGACCCGUGGCUCUUUUGGCUGAACCUCGGCGCGCUGCUCCUGGUUCUCUUCCCCAAGCUUCCCAUCUUGCAUCGCUCGCGCCUGCUUAUUUUCCCGUCGCAAAGCACGGGAACCUCGACGCCGGUCGAGGCCAUUCCAUCUGAUGUGAAGUAG